AUUCACAGAAAUUGACAAUAUCUACAAUUUAUCGUGUUUCUUCUUUUGGAAUAUACCAAUAUAUAGCGCAUUUUAUUACCCUACAAACAAACAAUGCUCUCUUUAAUAGCUUGCUAUGAUACUUUCAUGGAAUACUUAUUUAUUUGGAAUUAUUUUGGUUAUAAUUACUUUCUAUAGAUCAGAAGGAGUAGUAAGUCGCCAAAAUGAUUGGCUUACUAUAGAAACACUGGCAGAAGUGCAUCCAUACAUUGUGGGAUUAUUAAACAAUACCAAAGAUUAUAUGUGCACAGGCACUAUUAUUGACAAGCAAACUGUUCUCACAUCCGGAAGUUGCAUAAGUAAAAAACUCAAAUACAUCGUAAUGGGAAUGGCCGUAUUAAGAAAAAACAUCAACAAUAAUAAUUUAAUAGAAAUUGCAUCUACAAAAUUACAUGGAGGUUAUGUUUUUGAGUUCAAAUCUUCCCAGUAUAAUAUAACUAGAAUGCACAGUAAUAUAGGUUUAGUAUUAUCCAGUCGUCCGGUACUAAUAUAUUAUUUUGAAGGCCCUAAAAUUGGUAAAUAUUUUGCUUCUGAAUUGAAAAGUGCAACACUUACUGCAGUAGGCUACGGAAAAAUUGAUAAUUCAGAUACAUUAGUGCUGCAAGCUCAAACAUAUCAUCAAAUUCCUUGUACAAAUCCUAAGUGGUACUAUUGCGUCUGUGGAAUUGAAUAUUCUACUAAUAGAAGGAGUAACGAGCAAGAAUUCGGCAAAGGGGCGCCCGUUUUGCGUGAAAGCGAAUUAGCCGCGAUAACGGCAAUCCCAUGUGGAAUUCUAACAUUGAAAUCUAUGGGUGUUAAAUACAAUAUAUUCACUGUCGUUGGACCGUACUUGCCAUGGAUUGAGAAAAUACAAUUAAAUUUCACUAUAGACUCUAGUAAAUCACUCCGCGCUCGUAACAGUGCUGAUGUUAAUAUACGUCCUUGUUCUGAUUUCUAUUACACCGAAGUGUUUUGA